CCGCCGGCUGCCGACGCCGACGCCAGGUGCAGAGGCGACGCGCAGCGCCCCCUGCCGGCGUCGUGUCGAGACAGCAGCUGGGCCCGGUGUCCACCUGAAAUCUCCCCACCGGUCUCCAGUCAGCGCCAAACACAGAGUAGCUCUGCAGCGAAAAUUUUCGUUACCUUAAACGCUGGAUGUGAAUUUGCAUAACGGCGAAGCGUUCUGACGAGACUCUGCUGUUCUUAUCGGUGGUAUGGAGUGCCAACUUUGGGACUGUAAGAAAAUUUGCGUCAAGAGUGGUGGACUUAUUACGGUAGAGCAUAAGUCGUAGCAAUUGGGCAGCCUUUGCCGGACAUCAGUGAGAUUAUCGUCGAGAGAUCGCCAAACCUAGUCAUUUGAUGUUACGUCUUUCGCCAGAGGAGGAUAUACGUCGAUUAAUUUUGUGAAAGAACGAGAUAAGAGGUUACAGUGGCAGAUGAAGAAUAUUAUCGUCAACACUGUUCGAGGAAAUCUAUUAAGAGUAGUCUAGCACCGCGGUAAGCUUCGUGAUUUUACCUGCGACGUCAUCAGAAAAGAUGUGUAUUUCGCGGGGAAUUGUGAAAAUUGUGACACUCGCUAACGACUGUCCGUGACUCCUCUCGUGCAACAACAGUGGGGGUGUAGCCUACGCAAUGACGACGACGACGGAGGCGAUCUUGGCGGUGUCCGAGGAGGUGCUGAACGCGACGACCCCGAACGAGACGCUGGCGGGGGAGGCGGACGUCGCGAACGGGACGUCGGAGGCGCAGUUCUGCGGGCCGGGGCUGGAGCACUUCCAGGCCGGCUACCGCGAGGUGCACGGCUACCUCAGCCUGCUGGUGUGCGUCUUCGGCUCGGUGGCCAACUCGCUCAACAUCGCGGUGCUGACGCGCCGGGAGAUGGUGUCCGCCACCAACAGCAUCCUGACGGCGCUCGCCGUCGCCGACCUGCUCGUCAUGGUGGAGUACGUGCCGUACGCGCUGCACACGUACCUGCUGAAGCGGCCGCGCGCGCGCACCUACACGUACGCGUGGGCCGUGUUCGUGCUGUUCCACUCGAACUUCGCGCAGGUGUGCCACACGGUGUCGAUCCUGCUGACGGUGGAGCUGGCCGUGUGGCGCUACCUGGCGGUGGCGCAGCCGCGGCGCGGCCAGGUGGGCGUGGCGCGCACGCUGGCCGCCGUCGCCGCCGCCUACCUGCUGGGCCCGCUGCUGUGCGCGCCGCACUUCCUCGCCUUCGAGGUGGCCCAGGUGCGAGAGCGCGGCGCCACGCUGCACGUGGUGCAGAUGAGCCGGCUGAGCCGCGCCGCCGGCGGCCUGCUCGCCGACCUCAACUUCUGGGUGUACGCCGUGGCGGUGAAGCUGGCGCCGUGCGCCGCGCUCACCGCGCUCAGCCUGCGCAUCGUGGCCGCGCUGCUCGAGACGAAGCGCCGCCGCCGCCAGCUCGCGCUCGCCGCCGCCGCCGCCGCGCGCCAGCCGGCCAAGGGGCGGCAGACGGAGCGCACGACGCGCAUGCUGCUCGCCGUGCUGCUGCUCUUCCUGGCCACCGAGCUGCCGCAGGGCGUGCUCGGGCUGCUCAGCGGCCUGCUCGGCCAGCGCUUCUUCGCCGAGUGCUACGUGCCGCUGGGCGAGCUCAUGGACGGGCUGGCGCUGCUCAACUCGGCCGUCAACUUCGUGCUCUACUGCAGCAUGAGCCGCCAGUUCCGGGUCACCUUCUGCCAGCUCUUCCGGCCGCGCGCGCUCGGCAGGUGGAUCCCGGUCGAGGCGUCGCACGACGCCAACAACACCACCACCAACAACGCGACGCAGGUGACGCAGCUCUAGCACGUGCGCCGCUGCCGGUCGGCAGAAGGCGCGCGUCGCUGCGGCGGGGGCGGCGACGGCGCCCCGUUCGUCAUCCGCGACGUCCGCUGCUGACGCCGGCUCUGCCGCCGACGUCGUCGCACACGCCGCGGGUUCGAAGUUUGUGAGGAGGUCGUCGAACGGGGAAGUCGCCGGACGCAGCCGAGGCGGAGACGACGACGGUGGAACUUCCACCGGCUGCGAGAUCCGGAGCCGGCUCGUCCUUCACCCGCCGCCACUGAGCCCGCACAGUGCCGCACACACCGGCCGACAAACUUUCGAAUUCUGCCUCAUUCCUCACCUGACACACAACUUUAAUUGAUUCACACCUUUCUUUCUUUCUUUUGCUACUGCCUUUAUGCCGCAUUGUCCGCAGGGUUAAGUGCGGAUUUGGCAUGGUGAAUUUUAAGAGCUGGUCGGAUGCCCUUCUGCCGUCAUCGCAUACCCCCGGGACGGUAUUAGUGUACCACAGCUGUUUGUGUCGAGUGUAAAUCGUGAAAUAGUGUGAAUGUGUUUCAAAUGUCUGCGAGUCGUGUAACUGAAGCGGGACGUGGGAACCAGCCCGGUAUUCACCUAGCAGUAUGUGGAAAACCGCCUAAAAACCACAUCCAGGUUGGCCGGCACACCGGCCGUCGUCGUUAAUUCGCCGGGGGAUUCGAUCCGGAGCCAGCGCGCCUACCCGAGUCCAGGAAGCAGCGUAUUAGCGCUCUCGGCUAUCCUGACGGGUCUCUCGACUAUCCUGGCGGGUAUUGAUUCACACCUAUCACGCUCUUAAUGUUCCAUACAUUCCCACACCGGAUCCCGUUCUGCCGAGUGGUAUUUCUCGCUCAAAGACUUCUUCAGAUAGAUGUGAGGCGUGAAAACCUUACAGAGAGGACUUUUGAUACACCACGCUGAACAUCACCUGUUACUUUCUCCAUUACUUUAUCUGAUUGAGACAGCUGUGACUGCGAGGGUGGAAGGAAAUUUCACUUUCUGUGCUGCAUUCCGUCGGAAACUGUUUGGUGCCUUACAUAAAAGUAGCUAAUACCUCGAAUUGAUGGUAGUAAAAUGUUCCUUCUAUCUCUUUCUCACAGUUUCGUAUUCUCGAUCAAAUUACCUUUUACGUGCAUUCCAUUAAAAUACUUACGCCAACUCCCCCUUCCACUACGUAUUUUCCGCCUUUCUGUUUGACAAUCCGGACUUUCCUUCCCUGGCCAGUGACCACGUACUAGGCUGCAUCCUGUUACUGUCGGCUGCCCAACACCCUGACAUCCUCCCCUGCCCUCACAAUCGUCAGAAUACACAGCUCAUUUCUCCCACGAAGGAACAACAUUUCUGAGCUUAGUGGGAUAGACAAAUGCCGUCGCUGAUCAAAUGAUCGUCUCUACAGAGCAGCAGUUUCCGCCGCUACUCACAUGCACUCGUCGAUUCGACUCUCGGUGACACCAUAUUCAGUUGUGGAAAUAUCCGCAUCAGGUUUCACUCCAAACCAAAAGCUACCUAAAUACGACAGUCAUCGUAAUGGCGUACAGUAGCAGGUGGUUGUACCAGGCUCCAAACCACAUCAUGUUUUCUUCUUUUUAUUCCUCUUAGAGAUGGUGCUGAAAUAAUUAUAUGUGUUAUUCGCAGACAAUUCGACUUAUUGAAGUUGUUAUACAAACCACUUUCUCAUCGAUGUGAUGUGACAUUUUCAUCGAAAUUUUCAGCGUAUUAACAUUCUCGCUAUAACAAUGACUGAAGCGUACAAUGCAAAGUGCCAGUAAUGUCAUAGCAUUGUCAAAUAAAAUGACAUGAAUAUCAGGCAUACACUUAAUGCGCUCCUCAUCUCGUACAUAUAGGGCACGUCUGGCCAGGGAUGAAACUCUGAAAACUACGUGAAGCUGUGGACAGGUGCUGUCUGACGUUUUCAGAGCAACACAGUAGUUACUUUUACGUGAUGCUGUAAACAAUUAAUCCUCUGAAGGCAGCACAGAACUGCUAAUCCUGCGUGGGAAAAGUAACAAUAAAUAAUUCUGUCCCGUAUGAGGUGAGAUAUACUUAGCACUUUCCGUUGGAAAUACGUUAACCGAGACAUAUUACAGUAUGCCAAGUCUGGUAUAUGGCAGCGCUUAUUAUGUUCUGCAAAUAAACGAAACUACAAAAUUUUCUUCUCCGCGUAUGUAGAUUUAAUAAAACCUCACUAUAUUCACAAGUUAUAAAUAUAAUCGCAAGCUUUCUCGUUUAUCUCUGUAUUUGUUUCACUGCAAAGCAUUUAAUAUGCAUCACCACGCUACAGUUUUGAACAGUUUUGUGCAGAUACACAAACCAGUGUUAAUUUUAUUACAAUACGUAAUUCCCAAAAGAAUUCAUACCUCAUGGGUUAUUUUUUUAUUUAGCAGUAAUUACGUUUACCAAGUACAUAUAGUCGCGAGUAUUUAUCCAAUGUUAUCUGCAAUGUGCAUCUACUACUACUCUCGUCGAUGAUUCGCAUUGCAAUAAAGAUUACUGCUUUGCCAUGACACGAUUGACACAGUAACUCAUGCCAUUGCGUACUAAUUCUUUGUGCCGGCUGCGGAUAUAGAAACACCAGUUUUCACCAACAGUUAGCAUUAUUGCUUCUCCUUGAAGUACUACUACUGUAUCAGCAGUCCACGUGAUAACAGAAGUAGUGAAAAUCGUACUGCGUUUUAAAGUGCUGCGCCUUUCCAUAAUGGUGUCGACUUUGAAUUUAAAGAGGCUUCCGUUUAAAAUAGACCACGGUGAUGCUUACCAGCAGUCUAACAGACACUGUAAGAUAAUUCACAGAUAUUAAUGUAUUCAGAAACAAAUGUUAAGAACUGUUCACUCUUUUAGCGCAGUCUUUCUCAGAAAAAGGAAAAAAAAACUUCUUUAACGGUACCUGUUCUUUUAACGGAAUACAUACAGUGUCAUUUUGCUUUAUUUUUAAUACGAUAAAAGAUUUGUAAUAAUUAUUUUUCAUUUGAGAACAGUUAGGAGAGAGAGAAAAUUUGUGCACUUAAGCUUCAGAACAUGUCUGAUUACAAAGCAGAUUACAAUGUAGACAGUCGUAUACCUUUGCUGUACCCAGUCUCUAAGUAUUUUUGUACUGUUUAGCAUACUUACUGCAUACUGCUGUUUCUCUUGACACAUCAGUAUCGUAACUGUGACGCAGCACUCCGUUUUCUCUAUGACUAGAAGACGGACUAUAUUACAAAGAAGGCUCAGCACAACAGUGCUUGAAAUUUCUCAUUACGACGCGUUCUCUCAGUCAUUACUAGGAGCCACGUUUUCACUUAAUUUUUAAUGUUCGUGGUUUGCCUGUGUUCAGUACCUGCUUAUACUGAUUGCCAAACAGUUUUCUAAGAAAUGUUUUUACUGCAGAACUAACUUACUGAGUGUAGUUUUCAGCUUUGGCAGCAAUGCUUGUGCCAUAAAUAACAUACGAUCAACCAGUACGAAAAAUUUUCUGAGUAAUUCCUAAAUUUGGUACAGCAAGAAAAACAACAAGCAAGUUCUUUGUAUUAGAACGUGAUAUGUGGUGCUAAUGGUGAAAAUAUACUUCAGAUAAUGAGCCCAAUUUGAAGUAUAUUUUUUUCAUUCAAAAUGCAAAAGGUAAGAUAUUUUGCACUUAUCGAUGAAAACUUGACAGAGGAGAGCACUUAUUAAUAAAUGUUGUUUACGUCUUUAGUUGAAGUUACAAUCUCUGUAUUUUGUGAAACAAAAAAAUUCUCGCAAUUAAAGAUUUUUC